AUAUUAAUGAGUCAUGUUUAGAAGAGUUUGAUACAUUUGAUGAAGAUGAUGCUCUUGAACAAUUGCUUGAUGAAGUAUUGGUAAUGAAGGCUGUUAAUGGGUUUGACGGAGCCUACCCUUAA